AUGAGACGGUUCAAUUUUCUCAAAGGAUUAUGUCUCGGUAUACUACUUUUGCCGUUUGGCUCACCUACUAUCAAACGUCGCUCUUUGGAAGGAGAGUCAAGCUUGGAUUUCUUAACAGAUCAUCUCCAACCCGAACUUGAGAUCUGGUCUUGGAACCAACUAAGAGAUAGCGAGGAGACAAAUCCUACCGUGGAAGAACUUGAAGAGGGAGAGAUGGAAGAAAGAGAAGUGAGACCUGUCGCCAAUUUGAGAUGGAGACCAUUGAGAGAGGAACUAGUGAGCGUUCUUGAAGAUUUGAAAACUCAAGGGAAACCUUCAGCCUACGUGGAGAUGAAGGUACCCACAUACCUGAUGAACAGACUCAUAGAGCUUGAUAAAGCAAUGCGGCGCGCAGAGUGGGGGUCGGCAUGGGAAACAUUCCGCGCUUCUGCUAGGGGAAGCCUACCAUCGUAUUGGGAAAGAUCUAUCAAAGCUCAAGUUGAGCAGGUCAAGUUGAUUGAGGGUUGGCAAGCUACCAAAAUACGUGCAAGUGACAAUCUGAAACGUUGUAUGGAGCUUUUGAGGGCUGAAGAAUAUUGGCCGGUCUUCUCUGGAAUUGAAUACGAAGCUAUCACGGAAACAAAGGAAUUGAUUGAAAAAAUGAGUCAUGAACAUCAUGGCCUUGAUUACAAACAACUACGUAAAUUGAUGCCCCCCAGAACCCUUGAAAAGAGGCAAGCUAGUAUGGAAUAUAUGGCACAUCGACCAGAUAUUAUUUCUUAUUGGUAUUCGGACGAAGAGCUCAAAGAAAAAGAAGAAAAAGGAUAUGACACAUUGUUGAUGAUGAGGAUUGAGGAACUUUUAUACAUGGCAACUCAACUCGACGUAGAACCUUCAAAAGACAAAAAGGCAUGGAAUAUUUUUGCAAACCUUUUCAGGAUUUUGCAUGGUGGUUAUGUGACUGAUGUCAACAGCAUGAACCCUUGGAGAUUCAAGUCCGAUUACUGGCCUGUGUCAGUUGAAUUUCAGCUUUUCACAAGUGGAUUAACUCCACACUCUGACAGAUUCCGCAACGGCUUUCAAAUGUUAUUGAGGCACCUUGACAAAAUUAAGAAGAUUGAUAGCAAGUCUAUGGAUCAUGGUGCGACCAAUCUUGCUGGCUUGUUGACAAUGGCAGGAGAUUGGUCUCUUUCAGAUAUUCUCUUAGGAUUACACAAUGGUGUUAAUUUGAUCACGUUCCACGCUUGCAGCCAUCAUGCCAGAAGUUCAUACAUCCCCAACGCGGCUCACUUGAGAAGGGAGACCGGGAAUGUAGCACAAGCAUACAGAGUUAUGGGUUUCCUCCAGGCUCGCAUGAAAUUACGUAAAGGUGAUACACUUGAAUCGUAUAGGCCUUUAAAGUCACUGGAAGUGCGAUAA